AACUCGUGAGCGAUUGGUAGCAGUUUGUGGACCCUCGCUGAUUUGAGUUGCUUUUCGGUUGCGUUGUCAGAUGCCAAGGAUUGGUGCUUGGUGAGUGUGGAUUUCGGGGUAUAUGUAGAGGGAUUUUAGUACAGACGUUGGGAAGAAAGAAAAUCUGGUGGGAUAAAAAAGUUGGUAAACACUGAAGAAGAGAAGACUAAACCUGGGUCGUUAGGCGAUUUGGGGACCAGUCAUGGAAAGCGUGUCUGCAAAAGGAGAGGUCUCCGGGACCUGGUGAGGGAGCUUGGAUCUGGUCAAGAACUGGGUGAACUCGCAAGAGAAGAGCAAGAUCCAGACGCCCUGGAAACGGAUGGAGUUCCGGCUCCCUCUCCCUCCCGCUUCUAUGUGAAUAAGACAGAAUGAACUUCACUCCGACACAUACACCCGUCUGCAGAAAAAUAACAACUGCCUCCAAACGUGGUUCUGCCUGUGGCUUCAGUGAUCCCAACAGGUGGAAGAAAAUGGCAGACUCGGUGGAGUCAACUCCUCUGCCUUCAACCGAGGAUCGGCUGGCCGUCCUUUGCCCUUCUCAGGAGCUUCUAGAGUAUUACCAGAAGAAGAUGGCUGACUGUGAGACAGAAAAUGAAGACCUGUUGAAGAAGUUAGACCUCUACAGAGAAUCUUGUGAAGGACAGCAUAAACUUGAAUGGAAUUUGCAGCAGAGGGAGGAAGAGAUUGCUGAAUUGCAGAAAGCCCUGAGUGAUAUGCAGGUCUGCCUCUUCCAGGAACGGGAACAUGUUUUACGACUCUACUCAGAAAAUGACCGACUAAGAAUCAGGGAACUGGAAGACAAGAAAAAGAUUCAAAAUCUGUUAGCUCUUGUGGGAACAGACACCGGUGAAGUGACCUAUUUUUGUAAGGAGCCUCCCCACAAAGUAAGCAUCCUCCAAAAGACUAUCCAGGCUGUAGAAGCGUGUGAACAGUAUGAGCCUUCAGCAUUCAAAGCAGAUCCUAAAGAAAGCAAAAGAAGAGCAACAAUAAAAGAAAAGGAGGACAUGUGUGACCGUUACCAGAGGAACAUACACACACUCAUGCUGCAGGUAGAAGCACUUCAGGCCCAGCUGGGAGAGCAGACAAAGCUCUCUAGAGAGCAAAUUGAAGGGCUCAUGGAGGAUAGACGGAUUCGAAUCGAGGAGAUACAAGUUCAACACCAGAGAAAUCAAGACAAAGUCAAAGAGCUGACCAAAAGUCUCCAUUAUACCCAAGAACUGCUCUACGAGAGCACCAAAGACUUUCUACAACUAAGAUUUGAAAACCAAAAUAAAGAGAAGGUAUGGAUGCUUGAAAAAGAUCACUUGAUGUCAAAGAUUAAGCAGUAUAAAGUGCAAUGUAAGAAGAAAGAAGAUAAACUUGGAAAAGUUAUCCCAGCUUUACCUGAGAAUCAUCAUACUCAAAAUGAAUAUAUUAAGUCUCUAAAGGAUAAACUAAUGCAAGAGAAAAAGCUGUCCAGCAUGUACCAACAACAGUGCAUUUCCUUAGAAGAGGAACUUGCUCGAAUCCGGGAGGAAGAGGGAGUGAGGAGGGAGAUCUUCAAGGAUCGCUCCAACAAGAUGGGCAAGCGCUUACAGACAAUGACAAAACGCUAUGAAGCCCUGGAGCAUCGACGCAUGCUGGAAGUAGAAGGCUUCAAGACAGACAUUAAGGUUCUUCGACAGAAGCUGAGAGACCUGGAGCAAAUGCUCUAUAAGGCAACAGUGAAUACCCGGGAAAACCAGGACCUUGCCAUUCUGUGUGAAGUUCGUGACAGCAAUAGACGAGCACAUAAGAUACAGGGCGAGCUGAAGGCCCUCAAGUCUAAGGUGUUCGGUCUGGAGAAUGAUCUCAGGCUGUGUUGAUGUCUACUUUGUGGGGCGGUAGACAUCGGCUUCCUGAAACCUGAGGCUUGGUCACCUGUUCCCAGGCAGUGGACAUGAAGUUGGCCAGAGUAACGGUAUUUCUUUUUAUAAAGAUGGUGUUCAGGGCAUGGUGGCUCACAUCUAUAAUCUCAGACAGGAGGAUUGCCACAAAUUGAAGGUAGAGGCAGGUAGAGCUCUGUGAUUCAAGGCUAGCCUGGUCUACAUAGUAAGUUCUAGGCCAUUCAAGGCUACUUAGUGAGACCCUGUCUCCAAAAACCAAAAACAAAACAUCAAAACCAGAAAAGGAAACAAACAAACAAACAAACAAAGCAGUGACAAAUUGGGUGUUGAAAGACUGCGCUUGCAGUAACCUUGCUAUUUCACUGUUGGGGUAUCUGAACAAUAGCCUGAAUUACUUGGAGACAUUCCUACUUUUCUUUUAUAUAUUGACAGGCUUUUCUCUCUUUAAAAAGACAGUAAUGGGGGUAUUAGAAAGAUGACUCGGUGGUAAGAGCACUGGCUGCUCUUUCAGAGGACCCUGGUUCAGUUCCCAGCACGUACAUGGCAGCUUAAGACUGUUGUCUUUAACUCCAGUUCCAGGGCUUCCAACAUCCUCACACAGACAUGCACACAGGCAAAACACCAAUGCACAUAAAUUAAAAUAAAUUAUUAUUUUUUUAAAAAAAAAAGACAGAUGUAGGUUAGCUGCUGAAGUGUUUAUUCAGCAUACAGAACCCUGGGUUCCAUCCUUAAAGCUACAUAAAUCCAGGCUUGGUGGCUCCUCUAUAAUCAGCGCUGGAGAGGCACAGGUGAAGUUCACGUUCACCCUUGGCUAUAUGGUGAGUUCUAGGCUAACCUGGGCUACAAGAAACCAUGUCUAAAAAACAAAUAAACAAAGAUGACAACAACUUAGGAAGAGAUGUUUUGCUGAGUUUGACCAAGUGUCAGUGGAACCGCACAUUUCCUGCAGGAGCAAAAGCAUUCAUUGAAGUGGAUUCCUUCUUGGCAGGGAGGGAAAGAGGCAGCAAAUUACACGCACAAUGACACUUAUUUCGCUGUGUAACUGUUGUGAGUGUGUUCCAAGUGACAAUCACCAGGAGACAGCACAGCCUGUGUGCUUAAGUAAAAAAGGUCAUCAAGAAAAAGGUGCUACUUUAUCUAGAGUAGGCAAAACCAAAAUGACACUUAAGUCAAAAAAAGUUUGAUAUUUUAUCAAUUUUUUUCCAAAAAUAUGAUUCAAAGUAUGUAUUUUCAAUAAAAUGUGAAGUUCAAAAUA